GUUUUGAUAGCAGCAGCUGUCUGCACCAAAGCAGGAAAAACCAUUGUUUCACGGCAGUUCGUUGAAAUGACAAAGGCUCGGAUCGAAGGAUUACUAGCAGCUUUCCCCAAGCUUAUGUCAACUGGCAAACAACACACGUUUGUAGAAACCGAAUCUGUCCGUUAUGUCUACCAACCCCUCGAAAAGCUUUAUAUGCUGCUUAUCACCACAAAAGCUUCAAAUAUUCUUGAAGAUCUCGAGACGCUGCGACUGUUCUCAAGAGUUAUUCAAGAGUAUUGCCGAAGUAUGGAUGAAGCUGAAAUAGCUGACAAUGCAUUCAAUCUUAUAUUUGCUUUUGAUGAGAUAGUUGCAUUGGGUUAUAGAGAGAGUGUUAAUCUAGCUCAGAUCAGAACCUUUGUUGAGAUGGACUCUCACGAAGAAAAGGUCUAUCAGGCUGUUCGACAG